AUGAUUCUUUGCCUCUUGUAUUUGAUGAGUUUAAUAUAUCGUCAUCAUCCAAUGUUCUUCUUGUUAUACUUACCAUGCAAUGCUUGGUCAUCUUUUGUUCUCGCUUAUCAUCCAAUUCCUUUGGAAUUUAAAAUGAAAGAUGACAAAGCAUUGGAUGUAGGGUAUAUAUUAGCAACACUACAAAAAUUUGGAUUGGUAGACCUAGGAUAUGCAUACAUUCAUUGA